GUGAGGUGUCAUAUUUGACAACGAAGCGUUAGGCUCCAUGUCUAAAUACUAGACUCCAAAUGAUAAGGCCCCCAAAUAUUAUAAGAUCUUUGUGCUUUUGCCCUGGGGAACUUAUUUUCCUGAGAAAAUGCCAACCACAAAGAAAACAUUGAUGUUCCUGUCAAGCUUUUUCACAAGCUUGGGGUCUUUCGUGGUGAUUUGCUCUGUUCUUGGCACACAAGCAUGGGUCACCAGCACAAUUGCCUUCAGAGACUCUGCCUCGAACGGCACCAUCUCCCUCACCUACGGACUCUUCCAGGGCAAGAGCACUCAGGAAUCCAGUCACGGACUUCAAGAAGCUGACAAAUAUUUUGCAGUUUUAGGGCUACUGAAUAAUUCUUCCCCCAAAACUCUGCACUUGGUGGCUGUCCUGUUCCUGGUCCUCAGCCUGUUCGCCGCGCUGCUGAGUUCCGGGCUCACCUUCUACAACAGCGUCAGCAACCCCUACCAGACGUGCCUGGGCCCCGUGGGGGUAUACACCUGGAACGGGCUCUGCGCACUGUUGGUUUUCGUGGCCAUGAUGCUGUUCGUGGGGAACACGCAGUCCAGCCAGCUCUCGGAGGUGCUGCUCCACGCCCUGUACCCCACGGUCACCAGUCAAGGGAUGACCCACCGUUACGGACACUCCUUCUGGCUCAUACUGCUCGUCCUUCUCCUAAACAUCGUCACCGUGGUCAUCGUCAUUUUCUACCAGAGGGCCAGGUACCAGCGGAAGCAGGAGCACAGGAAGCCCAUGGAGGUGGCCCCGAGGGACGGAAUUCUGUUCUGAGUUCCGCCUCUCGCCGCUCGGCGACAUGCCUGUUCGGUCACCGGUCAGCUUACCCGGACAGUCGGCGUGGUGAAGUGACCCUCACUUGUGACAGCUUUUGUGUUUCAUGACUUUAUGCUCUUCAUAGAUUCUGUGCCCCUGAAGAGAGUGUUUCCCACGAGCUUGGGGAAAGCAAGUGGGGAAAGAGGUCAGUCUCUGUAGCAGUAGAAGGAUUCUGAGUGAGUUGGACCCUCCUGGCCUGGUCUUGCCUCUGACAUAAUAAAGGUUUGUGUUUGCAUCUUUC